CGGGUUGUUGCCAGUUCCUGGGCCUUAGCAACUCUGUGCCCCGCGAGUUUGCUGCAAUCGCUGCGAUCGAGCAAGAUGCCGUUGUACGAACCAAACGUGCCAGUCAAGAAAGCAACCUUAGCAUUAGCAUGAUUCUGGUUCCCCGAGGCGCAGUACGGCUGCGCCCGGGGGUUGUCCGUACCCGUGUCGGGUACACUGGUGGAACUACGAAGGACCCAACUUAUCGGAACCUUGGUGACCAUACAGAGACUGUUCAGCUCGACUAUGAUCCUACCAAGACAGACUACAAGACUCUUCUGGACAUGUUUUGGGGAUUUCAUGACCCAACUGCCUGCCACAAGCGACAAUAUAUGUCUGCUAUUUUUUACCAUGACAAGGAACAGAAAGCUGCUGCUGAGGAGAGCUUGAAGCAACAGCAGAAAAAGAUAGGCAAGCCAGUUGCUACGAAGAUCAUGGCUGCUGGAACAUUUUAUGAUGCUGAAGAUUACCACCAGAAGUACCUGCUUCGACGCAAUGCUGCACUUUGUGAAAGCCUGAAGAAAGCAGGUCUGAAGAAUUUCAAGGAGAGUCAUGUUGCGGCUCGGUUGAAUGGCUACUGCUGUGGCGGUGGCAGCCUGGCUAAUUUUGAAGCGGAGCGUGAAAAGCUAGGACUCACAGACGUGCAGGCUGUACUGGUUCGACAGUGCAUGAGGUCAUAGCCAGAAUGCUUCACAAAUAUGAUGUGGUGCCUCAUUUUCCUUAACAUACGCUAAAAUUGUGUUACUCUGGCACCUAUGCUGCCCUUUGCUUGUCAGGAUUGUAAUGCAGGCAGUGCACUUAUGACAUUCAUCGAGGCAAGGCAUCUGUCUCUCGUUGAAUUGAGGUUUGAUGUUGGCUGCAGUACCCUGUGAGCUUUGUGGUGGGACUUGCAAUAAAGGUGUUCCCUCCU